AAUAGCAGCACUGUAGAAAUUAUUACACUCAACGGAACGACUUGAUUAGUGUAGUGUCAACAACGCAGCUACUGCCAGCUAGCCUACUUUAGCAGUACUGUAUCAUUUUAAUCAUUUUAGUCAAUAAGAUUCUUGCUACGUAAGCCUAACUUUCUGAACAUUCGAGACGUGUAGUCCGCUUGUCAUUCCAAUUUCCUUGCAUUAGCGUAGCCUUUUCUGUAGCCUGUCAACUAUGUGUCUGUCUAUCCCUGUUCUCUCCUCUCUGCACAGACCAUACAAACGCUCCACACCGCGUGGCCGCGACCACCCUAACCUGGUGGUCCCAGCGCGUACGACCCACGUGGAGUUCCAGGUCUCCGGUAGCCUCUGGAACUGCCAAUCUGCGGCCAACAAGGCAGAGUUCAUCUCAGCCUAUGCCUCCCUCCAGUCCCUUGACUUCUUGGCACUGACGGAAACAUGGAUCACCACAGAUAACACUGCUACUCCUACUGCUCUCUCCUCGUCCGCCCACGUGUUCUCGCACACCCCGAGAGCUUCUGGUCAGCGGGGUGGUGGCACCGGGAUCCUCAUCUCUCCCAAGUGGUCUUUCUCUCUUUCUCCCCUUACCCAUCUGUCUAUUGCCUCCUUUGAAUUCCAUGCUGUCACAGUUACCAGCCCUUUCAAGCUUAACAUCCUUAUCAUUUAUCGCCCUCCAGGUUCCCUUGGAGAGUUCAUCAAUGAGCUUGAUGCCUUGAUAAGCUCCUUUCCUGAGGACGGCUCACCUCUCACAGUUCUGGGCGACUUUAACCUCCCCACGUCUACCUUUGACUCAUUCCUCUCUGCCUCCUUCUUUCCACUCCUCUCCUCUUUUGACCUCACCCUCUCACCUUCCCCCCCUACUCACAAGGCAGGCAAUACGCUUGACCUCAUCUUUACUAGAUGCUGUUCUUCCACUAACCUCAUUGCAACUCCCCUCCAAGUCUCCGACCACUACCUUGUAUCCUUUUCCCUCUCGCUCUCAUCCAACACUUCCCACACUGCCCCUACUCGGAUGGUAUCGCGCCGUCCCAACCUUCGCUCUCUCUCCCCGCUACUCUCUCCUCUUCCAUCCUAUCUUCUCUUCCCUCUGCUCAAACUUUCUCCAACCUAUCUCCUGAUUCUGCCUCCUCAACCCUCCUCUCCUCCCUUACUGCAUCCUUUGACUCCCUAUGUCCCCUAUCCUCCAGGCCGGCUCGGUCCUCCCCUCCCGCUCCGUGGCUCGACGACUCAUUGCGAGCUCACAGAACAGGGCUCCGGGCAGCCGAGCGGAAAUGGAGGAAAACUCGCCUCCCUGCGGACCUGGCAUCCUUUCACUCCCUCCUCUCUACAUUUUCCUCCUCUGUCUCUGCUGCUAAAGCCACUUUCUACCAUUCUAAGUUCCAAGCAUCUGCCUCUAACCCUAGGAAGCUCUUUGCCACCUUCUCCUCCCUCCUGAAUCCUCCCCCCUCCCUCCUCCCUCUCUGCAGAUGACUUCGUCAACCAUUUUGAAAAGAAGGUCGAUGACAUCCGAUCCUCGUUUGCUAAGUCAAACGACACCGCUGGUUCUGCUCACACUGCCCUACCCUAUGCUCUGACCUCUUUCUCCCCUCUCUCUCCAGAUGAAAUCUCGCGUCUUGUGACGGCCGGCCGCCCAACAACCUGCCCGCUUGACCCUAUCCCCUCCUCUCUUCUCCAGACCAUUUCCGGAGACCUUCUCCCUUACCUCACCUCGCUCAUCAACUCAUCCCUGACCGCUGGCUACGUCCCUCCCGUCUUCAAGAGAGCGAGAGUUGCACCCCUUCUGAAAAAACCUACACUCGAUCCCUCCGAUGUCAACAACUACAGACCAGUAUCCCUUCUCUCUUUUCUCUCCAAAACUCUUGAGCGUGCCGUCCUUGGCCAGCUCUACCGCUAUCUCUCUCAGAAUGACCUUCUUGAUCCAAACCAGUCAGGUUUCAAGACUAGUCAUUCAACUGAGACUGCUCUUCUCUGUAUCACGGAGGCGCUCCGCACUGCUAAAGCUAACUCUCUCUCCUCUGCUCUCAUCCUUCUAGACCUAUCGGCUGCCUUCGACACUGUGAACCAUCAGAUCCUCCUCUCCACCCUCUCCGAGUUGGGCAUCUCCGGCGCGGCCCACGCUUGGAUUGCGUCCUACCUGACAGGUCGCUCCUACCAGGUGGCGAAUCGCAUCUCUGCAUGUCUGGCAGACAUAUCAGUGUGGAUGACGGAUCACCACCUCAAGCUGAACCUCAGCAAGACGGAGCUCCUCUUCCUCCCGGGGAAGGACUGCCCGUUCCAUGAUCUCGCCAUCACGGUUGACAACUCCAUUGUGUCCUCCUCCCAGAGCGCUAAGAACCUUGGCGUGAUCCUGGACAACACACUGACGUUCUCAACUAACAUCAAGGCGGUGUCCCGUUCCUGUAGGUUCAUGCUCUACAACAUCCGCAGAGUACGACCCUGCCUCACACAGGAAGCGGCGCAGGUCCUAAUCCAGGCACUUGUCAUCUCCCGUCUUGAUUACUGCAACUCGCUGUUGGCUGGGCUCCCUGCCUGUGCCAUUAAACCCCUACAACUCAUCCAGAACGCCGCAGCCCGUCUGGUGUUCAACCUUCCCAAGUUCUCUCACGUCACCCCGCUCCUCCGCUCUCUCCACUGGCUUCCAGUUGAAGCUCGCAUCCGCUACAAGACCAUGGUGCUCGCCUACGGAGCUGUGAGGGGAACGGCACCUCAGUACCUCCAGGCUCUGAUCAGGCCCUACACCCAAACAAGGGCACUGCGUUCAUCCACCUCUGGCCUGCUCGCCUCCCUACCACUGAGGAAGUACAGUUCCCGCUCAGCCCAGUCAAAACUGU